UUUAUCAUAUUUACUCCUCCGCAUCACUUCAUCAGAGUGGUGCCUUUACAUUUAAAGAAAGGGUGAACAGAAGAUAAAACUUUCAUCUCUGCUGUCUUGCAUUAGUUCAUUAUCUGUUUAGGGUAUAAUCCCAGUCUGUCUGAAUCCGUGUGGCUUCUAUGUAAUACAAUUUGGUACAGUAACCUUCAUUUGAUAUGUGAUUGAGCUAUUCAGACACUGAGUCUCUCAGCUCAUAAUAGUUUUACUGAUACGUUCGGUAUGAAUUUCCAUUUUCAAAGCACAAUGCCGACCAGCGAGACAGAUAAUGUAGUUAUUAAGUUUAGUUUUGUUACAGAUAGAAGUUUGUUGAUCGAUAGAAAGACAAAGCGUAACAUAUUUUUGAAACUAAAGAACCUAGUUACUUAACCAUGACCUGGCAAAACUGUAGAGCCAUUGCAUUACAUGGGUUGGAUUACUAUUACUUCCAUGGCUCCUCCCACCUCAAAACAAAACUGGAAAAGGGACAAGUUAGAUACAACUAGGAUAUAGUUGGGAACAUGUGAUGUUACAUAUGUGACAGGUUCAUAGUUUUGGAAUAUUUGUCAAGCAUCUGAAUCAACGAGGUGGUUGUCAGAGAGGGUGGUCAGUACAUUGAAAAUAUUUGCCGUUCACGGAAUUAAGUGACCGAGCCUUACCACAGGGACCAAAAUGAAUGAUACACUUCCGCCUGCAGUGGCGUCAUGUUCGGCUGGCGCGAAAUUUUAAUAGCCUAAAAUGAGAAUUUGGUGUGGUGACCGAUCUGCCUAUAUUUUUUUAAACAGUUUUGUACAGUUAAACCUCAGUCAUGCUUCAGUGUUUACUAACGCAAAUUUGAAUACACAUGGGAAUGACAGUUAAUGUCAUAGCGUUCUAGCCAACUAUUAGGCCAAGAUAAGCAUUCUGGGCUAGCUGGCUAGCCAUCGCUAAGAAACUGCUAGCUUUUGGAUGCACGGACACUAUCACGGCGCGAGCUACUGGGCUUUUGUCAGACAGCAGACAGCUUUUUAAAUCUCGUGACGUUUAGAGGAACAGCUCCACGUACUAGAUGCCCAUCAAUGUUGAUAGGCAAACAUUCUGAAAGAUGUCACCCUCUAACAAGGAUGGCUACAUUGUCAAGUUUGUGGAACGCAAUGGUCAGAAAAGCAAACUCUCAGCCCAAGCUUAUGAGGCAAUUGUAGAGCUGCAGUCAGAGAAGUAUGUUCACACCAUAGAUGAGGAAGCGGCAAUACAGCUGGACCACAAUGACAAGUCAUUGUUUGUAUUCAGUGACUUCACCAGCGCUGCAUUUGAACACUGCAGGGAGUUGGGCUGCAGAAUUGUCAGUCCUCUGGUUGUCCUGCUCUGUCUGCAGCAGCAACGCUGCGUCCCCAAAGCAGAGAAACCAGUAUACAGUAUGGCUAUGGGUGAUGUGACAAUCUCCUGCACCAGCUUGGACAAAGAAACCCGGCAAGAUGUGAUGGACUUAGUUGAACUUAUGGGUGGGCGUGUCUACCGAGACCUCAACGUGUCUGUGACUCAUCUGGUGGCAGGUGAGGUGGGCAGCAAGAAGUACCUGGUGGCUGCUAGCCUGGGGAAGCCGAUUCUUCUGCCCUCAUGGGUCAAAGUAUGCUGGGAAAAAUGUCAAGACAGUCUGUUCCAGCACUCUGAUCUGCGUGUGGAGGACUACCUGUGUCCCAUACUGCAGGGCUGCACCGUCUGUGUGACGGGCCUGACCACCGUGGAGCGGAAGGAGGUACAGCGUCUUUGUGAGCAGCACUGCGGUCGCUACACAGGCCAGCUGCGCAUGAAUGAGGUCACGCACCUCAUAGUCAGCGAGCCGACAGGUCAGAAGUAUGAGUGUGCUCGACAGUGGAAUGUCUACUGUGUGUCGAUCCACUGGCUGUUUGACAGCAUCGAGAAGGGUUUCUGCCAGGAUGAGAGCUUGUAUCGGGUAGAGCGAGGGGCUGAGAAGUCUAGCCGGCCUAACACCUCCACCCCUACCAAAGUCAGACCACAGGAUGGGCCAUCGCUACUGGGCUUGAGCAAUAUCUCUAAUGCCAGCAUGACCGUGAAUGACACCGCCCUCACAACAGCAGCGGCCAGUCGCCUGGAGACUUUUGAUCCUAUAGAUGCUUUUGACAUCACAGUGUGUCAAAAUGAUGACUUGCUCGAUGGCUGUAAGCUGUACCUGUGUGGCCUGUCAGGGAAGCGUCUGGAGAAACUCCGCCGCCUGGUUAACGCUGCUGGAGGCCUGCGCUUCAACCAGCUAAGCGAGGAGCUCACACACAUCGUCAUGGCAGACCCUGACCCCGACAUCAAAAACUUCCUCACCAAAGCAACACACAGACCCCAUGUGGUGACGGUGCAGUGGCUGCUGGACAGCCUCACUCGUGGCAGCAUGCUGCCAGAAGAGAGCUACUUUCACCCCUCCUGCCUCCCUCCGGCCCCUGUGGACCUCCCGCCCCCCCGCACCUCUGCCCCACGUUCCCGCCCCUCUGCUGCUGCUCCACCUGCCCCCAGUCCAGGCCGAGCCCACAGGGCCGAUGACGACCUCCUGUCCCAGUACAUGAAUGAUGACACCACUAUUGUGGAGCUGCCACAGCUAGAUGAGAGCAGGACCUCCAUCCUGACCCCAGGUCCAGCUCCAGUGACCGCCUCCGUCUCUCCAGACCCACCCCAGGACUCCACCCUGCAUGAGCCCAGUCAGGGGGGCCUGUUUGUUGGGAAGCACUUCCUGCUGGUGGGCUUUGGCCUGGAGGCGGUGGCCCAGUUGUCUCAGCUAGUGGAGGAGCACUCUGGGAAGUUGCUUGUUGGUCGCAAGAGGACGGUGGCUGACUACGCGGUUGUCCCUCUGCUCGGCUGUGAGGUGGAGGCCACAGUGGACGAGGUUGUCACAGAUACUUGGCUGGCAAUGUGUGUGGAGCAGCAGUGUGUCUUGGAGCUGUCCUCACACCCACUCUUCACACCAGUGGCGGUGUUGGAGGGGAGUUUCCCGCUGAAGGGCUGUGUGCUCUCCUUCAGCCAGUUCACCGGCGCCGAGAGGGAGUCCCUCAUCGAGCUGGCCAAACACCUGGGCGCCAGUGUUCAGGACUUCUUUGUGCGCACAGCCAACCAGCGCAAGGGCAUGCUGGCCAGCACUCACCUGGUCCUGCGCACACCUGAUGGAACCAAGUACCAGGCUGCCCAGAAAUGGGGUCUGCCCGCCAUUACGCUUCGCUGGAUCCUUGAGUCGGCCAGGUUGGGCCGAAAGGCUGAUGAGCAACGCUUUCUGGUGGAUCUCCCACCUUCCCCAGACCGCACCGAGGACAGCUUCGUGGGGGGUUCUCAGAAGGCCCCUGUCCCUGUCACGGUUCCAGUACCCUCCCGUCCCUCCACGGACUUCCCUCUAUUGGGACCGCAGAGUGAUGGGGCAGUGACCCCGUUAGACACCAGUCGCCUGCAGAGCCGCGCUGUCCGUUCCGCGUUGCGCAGGGUCAAAGGAGGAUUAGAGGUCACCAAGGGCGCAGACACAGGCACACCACUUGGGCAGGAAAAGGAAAAAACACGGACUUUUCAGAUGGACACACCUUCACGUUUUCUCAGCAGGGACAAACUGUUCAAGCCCAACUUUGACACCAAGGAUGUGUUGGAUGACCUGAGGACUCCAGGGAAUAAGGGCCAGCAGGAGCAGGACGCGGAGACUCCUCUGACGGAGGUGAUCAAGCGAAACCUGAAGGCGGCCGUGGCCAACAGCUUGCGCCCGAACACACACCCCGCCGAUCUGGGGUCCAGCCCACAGCUGAGCAAGGAGCAGCAGCGCACGGCAGAAGACCCUUGUCCGUUAGCUGGUGUGGUGAUUUGUGUGAGCAAGAAGUUGAGUAAGAAGCAAGGAGAGCUCAACGCCAUUGCUUCCUCGCUCGGGGGGGAUUUCAGGUGGGCUUAUGAUGAAUCUGUAACCCAUUACAUCUAUGAGGGGAAAGUUGGAGACAACAGCAAGGAGUACAAAUCUGUCAAAGAACGAAGGCUGCACAUUGUGUCCCAGCACUGGCUACUAGCGUGUGCUGAGGAGCAGAAGCAUGUGUCAGAGUCUCUGUACCCUUUCACCUUUAACCCCAAAAUGAGUCUGACACUGAGCCAGGUGGCCACCACCACCCAGAGGUCACCUCCGCCAGUUACGCCCUGUGGUCCACCCAGCGCCCACACCAACCCAGAGGAAAGCAGGGUGAGUCCAGCACCACAUGACCUGACUGACAUCACGACCCCGCAGCGCCCCAGCCAUGAUUGUGAGCCUGAGAAAGACCUCCAACCAGCCAGUCCUGAGAGGAGAGAUCUGAUGGAGGCUCUGGAGAUGCGUGAGAAUCUCCAGCGCCAGCUGCAGGCUGUCAUGUCGGCCACGCGGCUGACUAGCGGGCGGCGCUCCUCUGUGCGGCUGGCACGGGGAGGAUCAGAUGACUCUGACUCCAACCCCCGCACCCCCAGCAGUGCCGCACGAGCAGGCCGUGGCUCUAGAGCCAGCGUGAUGGAGGCUAGACGUCUCUCCAGGCAGGUGAUGAUGGACUUGAACACAGAGCCAUCUCAGAGUGAACAGCAGAUUGUGUGGGACGACCCGACUGCACGCGCGGAGCGUGCCAAAAUAGCCGACCACAUGCAGUGGCCAGGCAGCCCCUCCCAGCUCUCGGAGACCCUGGUAGCCAUGGCUGAUCCCACACACCCCCCACGCGCUGCUGACUCCAUGACGGACUCUGAACUGGUGGAGAUGGCGGCCUGUGAAGUCAUUGAGCAGCAGUUGGGAUUCAAGACCAAGAGUCCGCCCAGAGAGCCCGCUCAGGUCAGGACGCCUGAAGGCCCCAGCAUUGCCCUGCCCAUCUCUAAAGCACCUACUCUGCUACCUCAGCUUGAGGAGGAAGAGGAGCAGCAGCCUGAGAAGAUGAUCCCCCGCUUCCAGCUCUCCUCCCUCAACCCUCAGGAGCGCAUCGACUACAGCCACCUUAUAGAGGAGCUGGGUGGUGUGGUGUUGGAGAGACAGAGCUUUGACCCCAGCUGCACGCACAUCAUCGUGGGUCACCCACUGCGCAACGAGAAGUACCUGGCAGCCAUGGCGGCAGGGAAGUGGAUCCUUCACCGCUCCUACCUAGAGGCGUGCCGAGCAGAGGGACACUUCAUCCAGGAGGAUGAUUAUGAGUGGGGUAGCAGCUCCAUCCUGGAUGCGUUGCCCUCCAUCCCCUCCCAGCAGAGGAGGCUGGCCACUGCUGCCAUGCGCUGGAGGAAAACCCUGCAGGAUACAGAUGGCAAAGAGGGUGCGUUCAGUGGCUGGGUAGUGAUGCUGAACAUUGACCAGACCAGAGAGGCUGGCUUCAGGAGGCUGCUGCAGUCUGGAGGGGCCAAGGUGGUCUCUGGUCCCUCUCCCUCUCUGUACCGGGGCGCCACACACCUCUUCGCAGAUUUCAGUCGGCUGAAGCCUGGGGAGUUCCGCGUGGAUGUGAGCGAGGCCCAAGCCCACGGAUCCCGCUGCCUAAAGCCUGAGUACAUCGCUGACUACCUCAUGCAGGAACCAUCCCCUCCGAUCGAGAUGUACUACCUUCCCGGGGCUGGCCCAGCUGGAGGAGAGGGGGGAUCGGACACUCCCUCACGGAAGCGCAAAGUCUCCAGCAACGGCAGCGCAUUAAAGAAGAGCCGAAGAGACACCGCAAUUGAAUAAUUACAGACGUGUUUUAGUCUGACAUGAACCAACUUUUGUGAGGCGAAAAAUCUACAUUGUAACUAACAUUUUUAAUUAUUUUGAUAAAUAAAUAAAUUGUCUUGUCUAACUGA